UCCUUCUCAGUGAUGGCGGCUUCGUUUCGUUCUCUCCCUUCAACCUGUAAUAACAAAUGGUACUACACCCGCCAGCAGAUCGAAAACAGCCCAUCUCGGCGAGCUGGACUUGAUCCCGACAAGGAGCUGUCCUACAGACAACAGGCAGCGAACCUCCUCCAGGACAUGGGGCAGCGGCUCAAUGUAUCACAACUAACUAUUAAUACAGCUAUUGUCUACAUGCAUCGGUUUUACAUGGUCCAGUCAUUUACAAGGUUUCACCGAAAUGUUAUUGCUCCGGCUGCCCUUUUCCUCGCAGCAAAGGUUGAGGAGCAGCCCAGAAAGUUGGAGCAUGUAAUCAAGGUGGCACACGCAUGUUUAAACCCUCAGGAGCCUUCACCAGACAUACGCAGUGAUGCUUACCUGCAACAAGCCCAAGACCUGGUCAUUCUUGAGAGCAUAAUUCUCCAGACCCUGGCUUUUGAAAUCACAAUUGAUCACCCUCACACUCAUGUUGUCAAGUGCACUCAGCUUGUUAGAGUUAUUCCAGCCAGUAAGGAUCUGGCCCAAACAUCAUACUUCAUGGCCACAAACAGUCUACACUUGACAACGUUUUGCCUGCAGUAUAGUCCACCUAUUGUCGCUUGUGUGUGCAUCCAUCUUGCCUGCAAAUGGUCCAACUGGGAAAUCCCCGUCUCUACGGAUGGAAAACACUGGUGGGAGUAUGUCGAUCCCACAGUUACCCUGGAGCUGCUGGACGAGCUAACCCAUGAGUUUCUUCAAAUCCUGGAGAAAACACCCAGCCGUCUGAAACGAAUUAGAAACUGGAAGGCUGGUGGUCAAACUCCAAAAGCUAAGCCUAAAGUCCAGGAGGAGGGAGACCAAAGGGACACCAUGAUCAGCAUGAUCUCCAUGGUGUCGCCAGAAAGUACCGUGGCCGGCUUGAUGAGUCUCUCAGCUCCGCCGUCUGCCUCCUCUUCCUCGUCCGUGGGUGACAAGGACCGGGCGGUACCAGGCAGUGCUGCGACGUGGAGCGGAAAAGGUCAGGUUGGAACUGAGCCACAACAGCCACCCAACAAUGAGGUCCACACCCCAGCCAAGGUUUCACUGAGUGAAUAUCGGGCCAAGAACGCUGACGUCCUGGCUGCCCAAAAGAGGAAGCUGGAGAACAUGGAGGCCAGUGUAAAGAGAGAGUAUGCCAAUGCAGCUCAGGCUCUCAUUGGUCAGCAGAGGAAGCAUCAUCACCAGCAGUCCAGCUCCUCCUCUUCCUCUGACAUCAACCCCUCACCUAUAGUUCUGAAAAUCCCUUUGGAGAAGGAGCGCUCCGACAAACAUUUGAAAAUGCGUUUUCCGAUGCCGGUAGGCGGCAGCAGCGGGCAUGGCGAUAGAGGCCAGGAUCCAGACAUUAAAGUCAAAAUCCGAGUGCCGGAGAAGCCAAGGGGGGGUUUGGGAGAGGAGGGCAAAAGCAGGGACAAGCACAGGGACCGGUCUAAUCAUCAUCAUCACCAACACCAUCAACACCAUCAUUCCUCUUCACACAAACAUUCAUCCAGCUCCAGUGGUUCACUGGGAAGCAGCAAAAAGAUCCCAAGUGACUCCUCUAGAUCAAGUUCUUCAUCCUCUUCCAGCUCCAGAAAGAGGACACAUUCCCAAGAUCCAUUAGCAGGAUCCCACCCUGCCUCUAAGGUUAGCAAGACCUCCAGGAACCCCUACCAGCUGCCGUCCUUGUCUUCCUCAUCUGGACAAACUCUGGGUCACGCUUCUGACGUUCUGCCUUCUCUGGGCCUUUCCCACCACCAGGGUACUUUCCCACAUUCAAAAGGGGACAAGAUGGACACUAAUGGGCACAGUUCAGCAGGUGGGACCCAGUCUAAUGAGUACCAGGACACUUUUGAAAUGCUGAACUCACUGCUGAGCGCGCAAGGUGUCCAGCCAUCGCAGCCAUCCAUGUUUGAAUACAGAUCCCAGUACGGGGACCACCGGUUCUCCAGUGGCUCUAGAGGGAACAAUCCCAGACCUCCACCCCUGCCUUCAGAACCGCCUCCCCCUCUUCCACCACUACCCAAAUGAGUGUCUGAUCAGGAGGCCAUUUUUAUGUAGAUUUUACUUGAAAUCACAUGCAUUCAUUUUUGUCAUGUAAAGUGUUGUAAAGAAAAAAACAAAACAAACAUAAGUUUAGCUUUUUUUAUUAUAUUCACCCAACAUGUAUAUUUUUUUGUAAGUAUCAGGGUGACAGCAGAGAAAUGUAACAACACGAUUAGAGGUUUCUGGUUUUACAUGCGGCAAUAAUGAAUUUAGGAGCCUUGCAAAAAUGUAAAGAACAAAAAAAUAUGUAUUCUUUUCCUUCUGCUCAAUUCCAAGGAAAUGUGAUGAUGGGAUUUAUGUUGAUGAAAUUGAAACUGCCAGCAGAUAUAUUUUAGCCCUUUUUUGUACCGUUUUUUUUUUACAGUGUUAUUUAUUGAGUGCUUUUUAAAGAAAAACGUCGAACUUAAGGUUCCUUCCUUCCUUGUUCUGUAUGCAAAGGGAGAGAUGUUUUCAUCUAGACUGUACAGGCAUGUUAGACAGUGCAUGUCAGCAAAGCCAUGUUUUUAAAUUUCAUUUUUU